UAACUAUUCAAUUCCUGUUCCUUUUUUUUAACUCUUGGAUUUGCAGAAAGCUGUAUGUGCUUUCCUGGGUUCAGAAGCACCAGAGCUGCUCAGGGCAUUUUUGGCAUCUGAGUAUUUGCCAGGUAGUCUCAAGGCUUCCAACUCCUCCGCUGGCCAGGAGAGUGUCCCACAGUAGUAAGAGUCACUCCAAGCUCCACCAAACAGAAAGGCCAGCUGUGAAUGUGACCAGACUACAAGGAAAGAAAACCCCAAGGGUCACUGACCAGUCUCUGGAUGGCAUCGGAGAUAACCUAUGCUGAGGUGAAGUUCAAGGACACACUGCUCCCUGUAGAGGCCGAAGCACCUCCAGAGAAGAGCACAUCUCAGCGUGAACCCUGCAAACCCAAACUAUGGGUCCCAUGGUUGGUCUCAGCCCUUUUGCUGUUGCUGUGUGUUGCGCUCAUCAUCGCUCUUAUUGUUAUCCUCCAUAAAGCUCACGGACUGCCCAAGAAUUUUCCAGAGUGGCAGUGUGCCCUGGGGACACCUGGGAGCAAAGCGGGGACCUGGACAUGCUGCCCCAUGAGCUGGAAGCCCUUUCGAGCCAACUGCUACUACUUGUCCAGUGAUAGCAUGUCCUGGGAUGAAAGUGAGAAGAACUGCACAGGGAUGGGCUCCCACCUGGUGGUGAUCAACACACAGGCUGAGCAGGUAUCUCGUGUGUGUUGGGGGGAGGGAUGGGGAUCUCCCCUGGGAGUUCACAGCCAGCCUGGAAAUGGGAGGAAAAGAGUGGCUCUGAGGUGCAAACUCCCUCAGAGCCCCAAGUUGGUACUACAGAAGUAA